AUGCCCGAAAUAACGACGAUCCUCUGGCCCCCAAAUCUCCUCUCUCACACCACCACCCUCUUGACCAGCUACCUAGAGCGCCACUUCUACCUCGCGACCAUUUACGAAAUUUGCCGCAUUUUCUCUUCUGUCUCCGUCUAUGUGACACUAUGGCUCAACGUAAUUAUCAAAAUCACUAACCUCAAUGACAAGCUGCAAGAAGCUGCCAACUCAGAUGCUUACAAACGCAUCAGCAGCGUCAACAAGUUUCUUCUCAAAGGCUACCUGCAUGGCUACUUCUUGAUCCCUAACCUCGCAGGUCCAAUAUGGGUGUACCAGUACAUGAACACGCGCCAUGACAAUCUCGAAAAACUAUCAAACCUGUACGGCUUUGCGAUUGGCGUCUUGCACCUGCCUUUGCUGCUGAGCGUAAGUAUGAAACUGUUUCUGCCACUGGUCUUCAGUGGGCUUUGCACUGCAGUCGAGAAGCUUUCAAAGGUAAUCUGGAUGGUGUCGGCUUACAUUCCCAGGAACCCUGUCGCCGCCAUUCAGAGUCUUCUCAGGGUAUUACGUGACUUUCUCCACGGCCUUCCGCAUAAGAUUGUGAGAUUACUAGAUCGCCAGAUUCUCAGAUCGGAGAACAGAUUUCUUGUUGCCGUCAUGUGGUUCGCUGUUCUCGUGCAUGGACUUUUGUUUUACAGGAUGAUUGUCGAUAUUUUCCGGCCACACCUGCAGCGCCUAGCUAUUGAACUUGUUGCAGAUGGUCUCAUGACUUUGGGAGAUAAGGUAUUCGAGCUAGGCAUGUGGGUCGAGAGUUUGGUGGUGAGAAGGGGGUUAUGGGAGGGCAAGGGAUCAUGGGAAGCUCGUCUAUUGUAA